AUGAGCCCUCCUGCAAAUCCCAAAAUUCUUUAUCGGAAUUCCCGCCUGCUCCGUAUGGUCUUCUUACAGCUUCAUCGCCAACAGAGAGCAGACUUAUUUUGUGAUGUUGUCCUGCAAGCAGAAGGGGAAGCCAUUCCAGCUCACUGUUGCAUCCUGUCAGCCUGCAGCCCCUUCUUCACAGAGCGUUUGGAGCGAGAAAUGCCCCCCAAGGGGCAUAAGGUGGUAUUGGAGAUCCGGGGGCUGAAGAUUGGUACCCUGCGUAAGCUGGUAGAUUUCCUCUAUACAUCUGAGAUGGAGGUGUCCCGGGAGGAAGCCCAGGAUAUUCUUGCAGCUGCACGGCAGCUUCAGGUGUCAGAACUAGAGUCCCUACAGUUAGAAGGAGGAAAGCUAGUAAAAAAAUCACUUGGCCGACGACUCAACCGUGAUUGCCUACAGCUGGCCAGUCCAGUAUCCAUUCCAGAGGCAAGCUUGGUGCAGUCUCCCCCUCUCUGUGGUACUAGCUCUUUGGCAUCCUGGCUGGUUGCAGGCAAGCAACAUGCAGUGGCAAGAUUUCCAUGCACCAGGGAAGUGAAUGAUGAUAGUGAUACUGACCAGAAAGAGAUAAAGAAGCACAAACCUGUUGGAACAUUGCUGAGUGAGGACAGACAGAUUCCCAAAGGCUCAGCAGUUACUGCUGAACCACUAAGAACAAAAGGUAAAAAGCGUCCUGUAGGCACGGGAAGGAAUACUUUGAGCAAUGAAGAGAGCAGCAGACUGCGCACACAGGAGAUUGAGACUGGAGAUAAGCAAGCCAUGGCCAGCUUGCAGAAGUCGAAGAAGAUUAAGCUCAGCCGGCCAAAGCCCUCCUCACCACCUUCGCCCAUGCCUUGUACCACUAAAGACUGUAGCGCUGUGGCAUCCAUCAAGGCAUCUUCAAGGUCUGUUCGGCGUCUCUGGAGGCAGAAAAGUCCUGGCCAGGAUGAAACAAAAGGAGCAAAAGAUGGAAGCUAUUUGCAUGGCUUCUGGAGCCCUCCCCUUCUUUCAAAGUCGACUAAAAGCAGAAAGCGCAACUCCAGUGAGCCAGCUCCCAGCUCAACCGCUCCCCAAGAGGCAGGGCAGAUUGGCCGGGUAAAACUCAGGAAAGUGAUCAAUGGCAGCUGCUGGGAAGUGGUGCAGGAAUUGCCUGCUGCGCAGCUCAUGAGGCCUGCAAACACUGUGUGCGCUGUGAAGACAAAGGGUUGCCAGACCCUCUCUCAAGGUCUUGAGCCAGAGGUAGCAGACUCGCAACAGGUCAUUGGCUCUGCUGGCCUGCUGCCAGCAAAACUAGAGACUGCAUCUUGUAGUGAGAAGAAUCUGGCAGAACAAGCUGAGAACAAGAUGGUCUUAGAUGAAGAGGAUAGUGCUGCCGGGAACCCUUUUGGUCUGAACAUGUUUAUGCUAGACCCUCUAGCAGAGGUGGAACAGUAUGACACCCUGGCCUCAGCUGGAGAGCUAGAACACAUGCUAGAUCUGCUUCUGGCAGAUGACGAUGGCACUGGGGGACCGCAAGGCACCACUGAUGCAAAGAGCACUGCACCAGGAGCCAAUAAGAGUCCACCGAGAAGCACUGAAGCUGAAGAAAGAGAGAAGUGUCCUGCUGAAGUGUCAGCUUGUCCGCAGCUUGUCAAGACAGGCAAUAGUUCCCUACAAGGGGAACAGGAAGAAACUGACAGGAAAAUCAGCCAAGGAACUUGUGGCUCAGCUGAUGAAGGUCCCUUGCUGGAUGCCGUUUGUGGCAGCCUUCCAUUUGUGACCUCUGAACCCAGCUGUGGCUCUCUAGCCUUGUGUAGGCCGCCUCCUCCUCCGCUGCAUGAUUGGGGAGUGCCUCAGCCCCAGCUCACUGUGUCAGAGAAUGGGACUACAAGGCUUGAGGAGCCUUUGCCUCUCACACUAAGGGGUGAUGUGGACGAAGGGCUUCUGUCCUAUGGAGCGGGGUUCUUGGACACAGAAUCCCAGCCCCAUACACAAGCAGUGCUAAGGAGCCCUUUGCAGCACAACUUGGACUCUGAGCUGCCGCCGCUCUUAGCCAGCUUGGAAGAUGAAGAAAUAGAUGUCGGUGGGGUUGAGGAGCCAUUUGUUAGCACUGAAUGGGUUCGGCCAGAUCCUUCUCCAGUGUCUGAAACCGAGGUGGAUGUUCUGAGCUAG